CACCCUGCCACUCAGAGAGACAGACAAAGAGGCGCAGCAUCCUGCAGGAGGACGACACACUCCCAGGGGAUGGGGCAUCAUACCCCUGCAUCGCGUUGGGGGGGUCUGAGGAGGCACAGGAGAGCCAUUCAGAGAAGCCGGGGGUCAAAGGUGAGAAGAGCAGAGGGCACCAUGGAGAGUGAACCCGUGGCCCCUGCCUCCACUGCCAGCAGUACUGGGACCACUUCCGUUUCCUCGACAACCUCCUCCUCCUCCUCCUCGACCACCAGCUCCUCCAGCACCACAGCUGUCAACACUAGCAGCACAUCCACUACCACCACUGCUGCUUCUGCCACGUCCACGAGCAGCGGCCACGGGGGCAACAGCAGCACCAGCAGCAGUAACACUACCAGUAGUUACACUAGUAAUAAUACCAGCAUCAGCACUACCGCCGGGAGGCAGGCUCUGCCCCAGAUAUCCGUGUACAGUGGAAUACCUGACAGGCAGACGGUGCAGGUAUUCCAGCAGGCGUUGCACAGACAGCCGAACACGGCAGCACAGUACCUGCAGCAGAUGUACGCGGCCCAGCAGCAGCACCUGAUGCUGCACACUGCAGCACUCCAGCAGCAGCACAGUCUCAGCACCGCUCAGCUGCAGAGCCUCGCUGCCGUACAGCAGGCCAGCAUCGCAGCUGGCCGACAAACCUCCUCACAGAAUGGCACUUCAUCUCAGCAAACAGGCACCACUCAGGCUACGAUCAACCUGACCACCUCCCCGGCGACAGCUCAGCUGAUCAGUCGAGCCCAGAGCAUCAGCUCCACCCCCACCAGUAUUUCCCAGCAAGCUGUUCUGCUCGGCAGCCAAUCCAGCCCCACUCUCACAGCCAGCCAGGCACAGAUGUACCUGCGCGCACAGAUGGCCCAGCAGAGCAACCUGGUGCAGGUGGCGAGGAACCUGGGCCGGGCGGUUCCUCUGUCCCCACAGCUCAUCUUCACUCCCGCUGCCACGGUGACAGCUGUCCAGUCAGACACUUCCACACAAGCUUCCUCGCAGAACCAGGUCCAGAAUCUAGCCAUCCGCGGCCAGCAGGGGGCGACCACAUCCUCAUCUCAGACUCAAACCCUGCAGGCGCUCAGUCUGAAGCAGAGCCCGGUUCCCAUCCAGCCCGCCUCACUGAUCAAGAAUCCCAGCCAGGCGACCCAGGCCUCCACGGGGGGGAAGGCCGGCUCCUCCGACAGCCCCUCUGACGGAGGGAAGAAGGGGGACAGCGCAGCGGUCACAGAAGUCCGAGCUCUAAACAUGAGCCGCAGCGUGACAGCCAUCAGUGCUCAGCCUCUGAUUGCUCCGGCGUACACGCAGAUUCAGCCGCACUCGCUGGUGCAGCAGCACAAACAGCAGCAGUUUGUUGUUCAGCAGAGCCAAAGUUCCCAGAGGACGACGGGCCAGCUGCUGCAGACCGCCUCCAUUCAGCCGUCACAGCACCCCGUCCCCGUGCUGCCCAAACCUGCCCCUCACCAGCCGUCCACUCCCAGCCAGCAGGCCACCAUCUUCCACUCCACCGUCAGCCCCCACGCCCUCCACUCCUCCAUCAACCACGCCAAAGCUCAGCCGGUCCAGCUCACUGCCAUUAACCUGCAAAUACAGCCAACGGCUACCAGAUUGGUUCAGGACAAUAAAGAUAAGCCAACCUCAUUAGUGGUCAGAGAGACGAGUCAGGCCCCGUCCAUGCAGCAGCAGCAGCAUCAACAGCAGCAGCAUCAACAGCAGCAGCAUCCACAGCAGCAGCAUCAACAGCAGCAGCAUCAACAGCAGCAGCAUCAACAGCAGCAGCAUCAACAGCAGCAGCAUCAACAGCAGCAUCAUCAACAGCAGCAGCAUCAACAGCAGCAACAGCAACAGAAACCUGCGCCUCCUCCGCCACAACCCUCCAAACCUGCAGAACAGCCCAAAGUUAAACCUGCCACGUCACCGAGUCAGACACAAGGGGGAGCAUCAGCCAAGAGGGCAAGUGCAGCAACAGGGACCCCGCCUCCAGCCAUGACUUCAGGAAAUGAGAACGAGGCUCCCACCGUGAUGGGCAGCGCACCGCAAAAUGGAGAGAAUAAACCCCCGCAGGCCAUCGUCAAGCCCCAGGUUCUCACACAUGUAAUUGAAGGCUUCGUCAUUCAGGAGGGAGCGGAACCGUUCCCUGUGUGUGUGGAGCGUCUGCCCAUUCUCAUCGACAGCCCAAAGAAGCUGGAUCACCAGCUCUCCUCAGACCCCGACAAAACUCCAGUCAGCAACGCAGCGAACAGCGACUCUGAGCCCGAGGACUUGAACCAGCCAGAGAAAGAAGAACCCAAGCUGACGUGUGAGUACUGCGGCUGGGUGGACUUCGCCUACACGUUCAAGGGCUCCAAGAGGUUCUGCUCCAUGGUUUGUGCAAAAAGGUACAACGUGGGCUGCACGAAGCGGAUCGGACUUUUCCGUCCAGAGAGGAGCAAACCAACAAAUCGCUGGCGCCGACGCCCCCCAGGCCGCUCCAGUAUAGAGGCUAAAAAGCAGAAACUGUCCCCGUCACCGCAGCAGGCUCACGGCGGCUCCGUGUCUUCCCCACACGCCUCUCAGCCCAGUCAGGAGGAGUCCAGCCCCUGUUCCGACAUGUCCAGCUACGAGGAGCCGCCCUCCCCCCUGUCGGCGGCCAGCUCGGGCCCCCGGCCCCCCGCCCCGGUGUCGGCCCAGCUCCCCGUCCACAGGCAGCCCAGCCGGGCCUCCGACCAGGAGGUCUGCGCCGGCAGAGACGUGCCGUCACUCUGCGAGCGCUUCCUACCCAGCGACCCCGCCAAGUGGAACGUGGAGGAGGUUUACGAGUUCAUCCGGUCGCUGCUAGGUUGUCAGGAGAUCGCAGAGGAGUUCCGCUCCCAGGAGAUCGACGGCCAGGCCUUGCUCCUGUUGAAGGAGGACCACCUGAUGAGCACCAUGAACAUUAAGCUGGGACCUGCACUCAAAAUCUUCGCCCGUAUCAACAUGCUGAAAGACUCGUAGCAGGAAUGUGUGUGUAUAUAGACUAGAGUCCCGACUGCACUACGACCCGGCCCGCUCCACGCUCCGGACCGGCUGCUUCCACCUGCCACCUCUCUCUGGCCUUCAAAAGUUACAAGACGUGUUUCAUCAGUACAGGAAAGGCCUCGCACAACAGCCUCGCUUUCUUUUUACACAACUGUCCUUGAUUAGGGUUUUUUUUUUUUUUUUAAUCUGAUAAAGCAGCACUAUGUAACUUUUCCACCAUAAUAUAAUAUUUCCAGAGUCAUUGUGAUGGUACAUCAACUUCCAACAGGUUUAAUGAAACCUCUGUCAUGGUCUGAGGGGUCUGUAUCGCCUUCACUGGCACUAUGUAACUUUGAGGUGGAUGGUAGGAACCCUGCCACACUAAAAAACUACAAUUUUUUUACGGCUUUGACUGCUUUACGGCAUACGUCACUUCCCCCUCCUUCCCGAUUCGCAGUCGAGACGAAAGCUGGGCAGGGCGUGGAGCGCAGAGCUCAGCAGAAGCUGGUAUCAUGGCCGAAGCAGCGAAAAAAACGAAGAAAAUAAAAGUUUUAACGGAGAAGGCGAAAAAAAGAAAGCGGCAGACUAAAAAAAUAAAUAAAAAAUGCCCAGGCAAGAAUAAACAUUGGCCCGGCGUUCACUCGCUGGCGUGAGCUGAAAGACGAGGAGGGAUGUCCAACCAAUGGCGAUUCAUGGGGAUAAAACAAGAGACAGAAUUCUUAUGAUACAAAUGUAAAUGUAGAGUUCUAUGUUCAAUAAGAAUCAAAAUUAUAAUGUUUUCACAUUCGUCUUGGGUUUUGGUCAUUCUAAAAUUACUGACAAUAUCAAAAACAGACAGAAUAAUAAUAAUAGUGAUCAUAAAAUUGUGUAAUUGGCAAUGAGGAAGCUUUAUAAAAUAAUAAUACAAUUGAAUAGAAUUACAUCACUAGAGGAAAGAAUGCAAUGCAAAGAAAAUGUAUAGAACAUUUCUACUAUUUUUCCUGAGAACUGUAAAAUUGUGCAGGGCUGAUCUGCAAAACAUUCAGUUAUUCACAGGUUAUAAAGUAUUUUUUUAUUUUGUCAGUAAGUAUGUUGGACUACUAAUUUAUGACGAAGUCCCUCUAAAAACGUGACAGGAAAAAGGUGCAGUAGAACAAAACCAGGGGGGGGGGUUACUUCAAUAAUAAAACCAAGUUGAAAUCAGCGAUUUUCAACUUCGUCAUAUUAUAUUGUUUAGCCAAAAAUAGAUGCAUUACCUCUUCGCUAUCCAUCCUGCAAACGACCGCUGAAAACAGAAAAGUAGUUUUGAAAGUCUGUCCCGUCUUCUCUUUCAAUAUCAAAACAAAUGCACGCGACGGGGACAGGAUCUUUCCGGCAGUACGCGCUGGUGCUCAUGGGAAACGUAGUGUUCUUUCUGGUAAAGCACUACCGCUUUUGUCCAAACGAGCCGCCAAACUCAACAAAAGCUGAAAGUUACAUUGUGCUGCUUUAAGAUCUUAUUCAUAUUGGGUCAGUUUGGUUUGAAGAAGAAAAGUUCAGUUCCCCGUCCUGCUCAUCUGUCCUGGGUUUGUUCUCACAGUGGCGCAGAGAUGGAACAUGUGUGACCUAUUCAUUUAAUAUAUCAGGUUAUAUGUUUUCAUCCCGUUGGUGUGUGAGUGAAGGGAAGGAGCUGAAGCAUCCCAUUAAAGUUCUUGUUUUUAUUUGGCAGAUCCUUUGCCCAUUCCUACAAUAAGAGUCAUGGUACUAAAUUAUUCAUCAGCCUCAUUUGGGCCUUUUUUUUUUCUUCCUUUUUUUCAGUCAAAUGUCUUAUCCUGUAGAUUUAAGCCCCUUUUUUUGUAGAUUUUAUUUUUCUGAUUUUACAAAGCAAUUUAAAAUAUUCAAUUCAAUUUUAGGAGGACACUAAUGUAUCCAGGAACAGUUGGGGUUUGCUGCUGUCUCACAUAGCCCUGCUUUUGACUUACCGUAUUCUUUUUUUUUUACUCACACUUUUCUAAUGAAAAAUUAGCAGUGGCUUUAUAAAGCAAAGCAGAAGUUUCUUUGUACAUAGCAGCUCAAGUGAAGGGGGAAAACAGUGGAAUUGUCCUUUCUGUAAGUUAUCCUUUUCCAUUAAAAAAUAUUAAUUUUGCUUAAUAUUUUGAAAUAUGCAAAUGUAUAAAAUAUCAUUGACCUAAGUUGGGUUUUUUUGUUCAUUUUUUAUAACAAAAAUUGUAUCACCUAAUUGUGUUUUAUUGGUGUGAUAGAAAGUGAACUUGUUUUAGACAAUUAUUUGUCAAAUGCUUGUAUUUAUGAAAAUUUGUUACGCAAUUUGUUACGCAAAAUUUGCAGUCAUAAAA